GAUGGCAUAGUAAACCCAACAGUAAGAAAAGACUUGAAGACUGUACCAAAGUUCUACUGUUGUCCGAUUGAAGGAUGCCCCAGAGGCCCCGACAGACCGUUUUCACAGUUUUCCCUCGUAAAACAGCACUUCAUGAAGAUGCACGCCGAGAAGAAGCACAAGUGCGGCAAGUGCGGCAACUCGUACGGCACCGAGUGGGACCUGAAGCGGCACGCGGAGGACUGCGGCAAGACCUUCCGGUGCACAUGCGGCUGCCCCUACGCCAGCAGGACGGCGCUGCAGUCGCACAUCUACCGCACCGGCCACGAGAUCCCGGCGGAGCACAGGGACCCACCUAGUAAAAAAAGGAAAAUGGAAAACUACCUACAAAACCAGAAGUUGUCCACAAAGCCCAUCGAAUCCUUCAACAGCCAACCAGACCCUAGGCCAGAAGCCCAGGAACUGGAGACUUCAGAAAUGAAACUCAUACACUCGCUUGAGGACUCCCGUGGCUCCCGGAGGCAGAGCAUCGUCCCACCUCCCAGAUACCCUCAGAAGCUGCUCCUGCCAAAGCCCAGGGUGGCUCUGGUGAAGCUUCCGGUCAUGCAGCUGUCGCCUAUGCCGGUGUUCGUGCCUACAGCCGACUCUGCAGCCCAGCCCGUGGUGUUGGGCGUGGAUCAGGGCUCUGCAGCCGGCGCCGUGCACCUGGUGCCCCUGUCUGUGGGGGCGCUGAUCCUCGGCCUGGAUUCCGAGGCGUGCUCCCUGAAGGACAGCCUGCCUCUGUCCAAAGGUAGCAAUCCUGGUGUUGAGCCGGUUAGUACGGGUGUUCAGGUGAACUUGGGGAAGGGCCUGUCCAGUCCUUCCCAAGCGCUAGGGAGCCCGUGUCAGAGGAACGGCAUUUCAUCCAUCAACGUGCAGACCGAUCUGUCCUGUGCCUCGCCACACUUGGUCCCCUCUGCCCUGUGGGUUGGUCCUGACUCCUCCGUGUCGUCUUGCUCUCAAACCGACCUGUCGUUUGAUUCCCAAGUGUCCCUUCCCAUUAAUGUUCAUACUCAGACGCUGCUGCCCAGCUCCAAAGCGGUGUCGUCCAUCGCUGCUCAGACGGAUGCUUUCGACCCCUGUCUCCAGCCAGGUGGGGUCUCCAGGGAGACGCAGACCUGCGGGGUUCCGGGACCCCCAGACACCCAGAUGCAGAUGGACCAAGCCGGGAUGUGUGGGGACAUUUUCGAGAGCGUCCACUCCUCCUACAGUGUCCCCACGGAUAAUAUUAUAAACAGCGGUUUAGGAGUAGAGACCGUCACCCACGGUUUGUUACCUCAGGACGACCCUAAAGCUUUAAGUGAAGAUAUUGAGAAAUCCGCACCCAUCUUAAAUUUCAGUGCCCAGAACAGUAUGCUCCCCUCACAGAACAUGACAGAUAACCAGACCCAAACUAUAGAUCUGCUGAGCGACUUAGAAAACAUCUUGUCAAGCAAUCUGCCCGGUCAGGCGUUGGACAGCCGAGCUCUUUUGUCUGACGCCAGUCCCGCCGCUGACACUCAGCUCCCCUCUGGCACCCCCCAGAACCCCAGCAUCGACUUUGAUAUUGAAGAGUUCUUCUCCGCCUCCAACAUCCAGACACAGACUGAAGAGAGCGGACUCGGCGCCAUGACCACGGAGCCGGUCCUGGAGUCGCUGGACAUCGAGACCCAGACGGACUUCUUGCUGGCAGAUCCGUCCGCCCCACCCUAUGGGUGCAGGGGCGGCACUCACUUCCUGGGGCUGGAGAUGUUCGACACACAGACCCAGACGGACUUAAACUUCUUCUUAGACAGCAGCCCUCACCUGCCCCUCGGCAGCAUCCUGAAACACUCCAGCUUCUCCAUGAGUACCGACUCGUCCGACACUGAGACCCAGACCGAGGGGCUCUCCUCAGCCCGAAAUGUCCCCGCUCUGGAGAGCAAGGUGCAGCUGAACAGUGCCGAGACGCAGACCGCCAGGUCGGGCCUGGAGGCCCUGGGGAGCUUGUUCUUCACCAGCAACGAGACGCAGACAGCCAUGGACGACUUCCUGCUGGCAGAUUUGGCCUGGAACACCAUGGAGUCUCAGUUCAGCUCCGUAGAAACCCAGACGUGUGCUGAGCUGCACAACUUCUAACGGAUUAGGCCAAUGUGGGUGGCGUUUUCCAUUCCCUCCCAGAGUUUAAGAAAACGGGUUACAGGGAUGACAGUAUUAAGUCUGUUGGAUGUAGUCCAUGACACAGUUGCUUAGGUUCUUUGCGAUUCUUUGCCUUUUGUACUUGUAAACAAAUGCGCAAUUUGUGUAUAAAUGUGAGUGUAUUAUAAAGUGUAAGAUGUUGAUCUGAAAAUGUUUUCGUGUUGCCUACAUCUGCGCUUUCACAGCUGGUCUUCCCAUCCCGUGUCGGACACUUCGAGCCAUUGGGCCGAAGCCAGGCUGACCGGGAGCUGGGGUGCAGACGCAGACCGCCCCUGACACGCUGCACACACGCUUCUGUGAUUGGAGACGCUGCCGCUGCCCUUGCUUCCGCUUUGCCAUCUCUUCCCACCUGCUCUGUUCCAACACCGGAGGAAACCACAGCCAUGUGUGUAGAUUUUGCAAAGGUUUUCUUGAAGUCACCGCUGUGCCCUCUCAUGGGCUGUCACUGAUGCCAGGGACAGUCCUCCCUCACCCGAGGGUUGUUGCUAUGGAAUUACUGCCUAGAGACGGAGCAGCCAGCACUUAGAAUAAAUACCCAGGCUCUAAGCAAGAGCAAGGAAUCCCAACCCUGUCGUCGGUGACAGAAUUGUGCUGUUUUAAGAGCAAAACACCUCCCUCUGCUCUCCAGCCACCGUCCAUCCGGAAGACAUCGAGGACCAGCAGUUUGGGUUCCCCCACCCAGCAAGCUGUCCUGCAGCAGGCCCCAGCUGGGUGACCCCAGUGCCAUCCAUUUCUGACCCCCGCUGCUGUCCAGGCCUCCAGAAUGUCUAGCAGCCAGCCGGAAGUUGGAGUUACCGUCACUCUAUCCUUGAGUUCCAUUAAUUCGCUAAAGCAGCUCACAGAACUCAGGGAAACAUGCGCCAAGGUAUUGGAGAGGAUCCAGAUGAAGGGAUGUCGGGGUGAAGUGUGGGAAGGGGACAGAGCUUCCACAUCCUGGAAGAGCACCACCCGCGGGACCCCCAGGCUCAGCUGUAGGAAGCUCCUGGAAUCCAGUUCUCACGUUACCCGGGUGUAGUUGAUGACAUUCUUGGCCUUGCUGAUCAACUUCACCUGCAGUCCCUUUCCCCUCCCCAAAGGCUGGUGGGAAGGGAAGUAAAGUGAAAA